AACUACCGGAUUAUGAAAUAGCGGUUUACUAUUUAAAAAAUAUAACGUUUCCUAAUUAUGAACAACUAAGGUCGCUUGUGAACUAUAUAAGCUGGGGUUGAUACCGAAACUUUAUCUUGUGGUCUAACAACACCGAACAAACCAACAUGAACACUCUGUUUGUAGCCAUCUUCGCCACUUUGGCUGUAGCCGCCAGUGCUGGAGGAAUUGGACCUAUUGGACUUGGAGGACUAGGUCUUGGACUUGGAGGACUAGGUCUUGGAGGUCACGGAAUCGGUUUAGCUGGUCCCGUUGGUCUUGGUCUUGGAGUACCAGCCGUAGGAAUCGGUGCUCCUCUUGGUUUAGGACUAGGACUUGGACAUGGAAUCAGAGUAGCCGCCGUACCCGCUGUCAGAGUAGUUGAAGCUUCUGGAGUAGUCACUGGAGCUGGAGCCGCUGGACCAUCUGGCGUCGUUACUGGAGCUGGUGCUGUUGGACCUUCAGGAAUUGUUACUGGUGCCGGAGCUGUAGGACCCACCGGCCCCAACGGCAAAGGAGUCGCCAUUGCUGCCCCUCUCGCCAUUGCCGCUCCAGCUGUAGCUGUAGCCCCUGCAGCCGUCGGUGUUGUUGGUGCUCCCGCCCUUGGUUUAGGUCUCGGUAGAGUCGGACUUGGUCUUGGACACGGAAUCGGUGGCAUCGCCGGUAUUGGAGGUCUAGGGCUAGGAGUUGGUCACGGAGUCGGACUCGGGCUCGGACUCGGUCACGGAGUUAGAGCUUGGUAAUUUGUAGUUGCCGUUUAGGAUUUUUAAUUGUGAUGAAAAACUGCCAUGAUCUAUUUUUGUAUUUAUUUAUUUAGUGUUCAAUAAAAUAAGUUGCGAUAUAA